UCCAGCCGUUCGCUGACUGGCGGCUGUUCCGGGUUCCAAUCCAUCGGGACACAUCGCCCCGGUCCUGUUUGUCCCUCGGCUGGUAGGUGUCUCGCUGAUCCACGGCUCGCUAAUGUGGUCCGGUCGAGUUUGUUCUUUUUUCUUUUCUGUUUCGUCCUCCGUGAUGUCGCAGAAACAGACCAUCUCAGCCGAACCGCCCCCAGCAUGUGCCUCCCUGGCACUGCAAUAAUAGCAGCGAACUGACCAAUGAGAAGGGGCCGAGAUGCACAAUCUUAACCCCCUCGUUUGUGUAACCAGGGCAGAGAUAAGUCCGAUCGCUGCUAACAGGUAUGGAUGACCCGACAGUCUGGCUCCCGGGGCCGACGGGAUGUUGGGAUUUUCAUGACUUCCAUCAGCCAAUUCCACUGUGUUGCUCUUAAUCUGUGGUGUGUAACAGCCUAUCUGCUCUCCUCCCUGCGACCCCCGCAUUCUCGACGACCACGGCCCCUCAGUUGAACCCCCGCACCAAUCGCAAUAGUAUCAUGGUCGGUUGGUACUUUUGUUCGAUAUUCUGUCCUCCUGCAGCUUCAUGACCCUGGGCCAGGCACUGCGGGGUAUGUGAGCAUCAUCCCCGGUAGCCCCUUGUGGAAGACAUCGCGACAUGGUGAUGGGAUUGGCUAGGUAUUUAACAUGCCGCUGCACCUCAUCCAUUGGGCCGCCCUUCUCUCUGCUACCAGCUGCCGCAUCAACCGCUCCUUAGUGCAACCCCCAACUCCGCCAUGGCUUUACCCACCAAGCAAGAGGUCCAGGAUCUCGUCAAACAGCUGACUGAAGCUGCCAACGCCUAUGAUGAUUCCGCCAGUCUUGCCGGCCAUCUCGCCCGCACCGACAUUAUCGCAAGGGCGAAGGACCUCCAGCGUGCCUUGAUCACUGCCGAUCAGACACCUGCCUAUCAUGGCCUAAACAUGGCCGAGUUGAUUGCUGCCCGCACCUUCAUCAAGAUUGGAGCUCUCGACGCCAUCCCCGAGACGGGAACCAUUUCCCUCCACGGUCUCUCCAAGGCCACCGGAGCCCAAGAAUCUCUCCUCGGUUUGUUUAUCAGAUUCGACAGCCUCGAUUUUGUUGUGUGA